AUGGAGAAAAUGGCGACCGAGGCGUACAAGGUCCCAGCGGAGUUCGUGAUGGAGGACAUUGCUGACGCUGCGACGGCUUGCUCGCCGCGUCUGCUUACAACUGAAAGUCGCACAGUAUCUUGUGCUCCUUUUGUAAGCAAGACCGUUUUGGCGGCUCCGCCCCAGACGACGCAGCCACCGAUGAAAUUCAAGGCUGUUCCGAAGCCCAUGGAAACGGUCAAGACGUUCAGCCGCGUCGGAGAUCCCCCCUUCACUCCUUACCUGUCUGCAACGCCUCAGGACUCGUGGGUGACGAAAAGAGUGUUCCGCGACGACCGCCCAGAGCAGCCAUACGCGUUUUUCCCACCAGUGGCUCAGGGAGUCGUCGACACAGUGUCAGAAUUCCUUCACAGCACAUGCGCUGGGUUGAAGCAGAGCCAGUUCAUCGACUACUGCCGUAGUCUGCAGCCAGCAGCGGUCGUUAAGAGAGCACCGUAUGUCUUGCCUGCAGCCCCAGCGCCUGCAUUCAUUGCGCAACAGCCACAGCCGCUAUACGUGGUUGCUCCUCUGCAGCGCCAAGUUGUUGCAGCGCCCACACAAGAGCUCAUUUGGGUGCAACAACCGCCACAGCCAAGACCGCAGCCCGCCCGAGGGAUGGACUGGUGCAGCCCCGCUGCACCGACUGUCAUGAUCCCCAACCCGGAAAAGCAACUCUGUUUUGGACACAAGGGCGACGAGCGGAAACUAUGCUUUGGUCUUCUUACACUGCCUCCUCGUCAAAUCAAAUACGACUUCGUAGUCGAGAAGACCCAAAACUGCCUGGGGCUGUGCCAGCAGGAGACGUUUGUAGCGGUGUGCAGGAAAUGCCGUAUGCGUCUUGCCACGUGCCCCCACUGCCACAAGCAAAGCGUGACUGCCCAUCCGUGA